CUGAGUUUUAUUUAAGGCACUGAAGCGUAAUACUCAAACUUUAUUCGCAUAUGCACGUUUUGAAUAAAUAUCUUUCACCAUAAAGCUCUUAAUUCGACCGGUUUAGUAAACCAACGUAUCGCGAAUUGGUCUAAUAUAAUUUAAUAAUAUGUUGUUAGCCUAGGAAGCGUAUUUCCCUGGCCAUUUCCCAAACUGAUUCGAUCAGCAAAUGUAGCCUUCAACUGGGGCUAGGGGAGAGUCUUUCGUCAUCGUCAUCGACUUCGACAUCAACCCACCGAUGCUUUCGCUGGAGCCACUCGAGCCUGUGUUAAUGCUGUUAACUGGCCCGGGGGUGUUCGAAGUGCAGUGCACCACUUGCGUGGUGCUUCCGGACAAGGCCGCGGUGGAGCCGCGAAUCGCGGUGGUUCGCUCUAUAAAAGUGUAAACGCGACCUGGUAGAGACAUCAGUUCGACGCAUUGGCUCAUCUCCAUCAGGUCAACAUGAAAAUCUUCGUCUGUUUGCUGGCUGUGGCCGCGGUGGCUCAAGCAGGAUUCAUUGGAGGCGCAGGUGGCGGUGGUGGUGGUGGCUACGGCGGUGAUGCAUCCUCUCAUGGCGGCGGAGAUGGUGGCUACAGCUACGGCGGCGGCGGCGGUGGUGGUGGCUCAGAUCACCAUGGCGGCGGUGGUGGUUCCCCACCGGUCAAAAUCAUCAAGGUGAUCCACGAAUCUGCUCCAUCUGGUGGCUCUGGAGGCUGGCAGUCUGGAGGAGGAGGCGGCGGCUGGUCGGCUGGUGGUGCUGGCGGCGGCUGGUCGGCUGGUGGUGCUGGCGGCGGUGGCGGCGGAUAUGGUGGACAUGGAGGACACGGAGGACAUGGCGGCGGUGGUGGCGCGCAGGAAAUCAAAAUCAUCAAGAUUAUCUCGCAGCAGGGUUCCUCCGGCGGUCAUGGUGAUGGCGGCUAUGGCGGUUCCUCUGGAGGAUAUGGUGGUGCAUCCGGUGGCGGCUGGUCAUCGGGUGGUGCUUCCAGCGGUGGCUGGUCCUCUGGAGGUGGAGGUGCUGCUCAAGCCGUGAAGAUUAUCAAAGUCAUCUCGGAGUCGGACUCUGGCGCUGGAGAUGCCGGUGGUUGGGCGUCCGGUGGUGCAUCGUACGGUGGACCCAGUUCCUCCUACGGUCCUCCCAGCAGUUCCUACGGUGCUCCAUCCAGUGGUGGCUGGUCAUCCGGCGGCGCUUCCAGCGGCGGUUGGUCCUCAGGUGGCUCGUCCAGCGGUGGAUGGGCUCCCCAGGGCGGUGGCAGCUGGUAAUUGUGAUAACCCGUGAUUUUAUUGUCUUCAUUCCACCAACACCACCCAUUGCUCCAUCUCACCAUCCAUUUCUUUGUUAUUCCCCAUACCACCAUAUUUGUUAAAUAAAACUUUUCUGUUUGA